UCUCAUAUCAAACCUUAAAAAAAAUCUCAUAUCAAACCAGCUUGUUCUUCACCACCUUCAUCCAAAAUAUGGGUUCCUCAAAGCUCUUCACAAUUAUUCUCUUCUCAUUUACUUUUGUUUUCCUUAUUCAAACAACUUUAGGAACCGACCCACUUUUUCACAUUUGUUCAACCUCUGAGAACUUCACGGCUCAUAGUCCAUAUGAAUCGAACUUGAAAACACUAAUUAACUCACUUAUCUACAAGACCCCUUCAACAGGUUUUGGCAGUGGAUCAAUAGAUCUGACCCAAUACCAAAAUCAAAAAGCAUAUGGGCUAGCUCUUUGCCGUGGCGAUGUAUCAACCUCGGAAUGCAAAACUUGUGUUUCACAAGCAACUAAAGAAAUUCUCAAUGUUUGUCCAUAUAAAAAGGGUGCCAUUAUAUGGUAUGAUAAUUGCAUGUUCAAAUAUUUGGACAAUGAUUUCUUUGGUAAAAUUGAUAAUACAAACAAGUUCGCUUUAUUGAAUGUACAAAAUGUUAGUGAUCCUAUCAAAUUCAACAACAUGACUAAUGACUUAUUGAGCUUCCUUGCUAAUGAAGCUUCUAUGAAUCAUAAACUUUAUGCUACUGGAGAAUUGAAGAUUGGAGAAUCAGAGAGAGUUUAUGGGCUAACUCAAUGCACUAGAGACAUUUCUAGUGUUGAUUGUAAGAAGUGUCUUGAUGGUGCAAUUAGUGAACUUCCAAAUUGUUGUGAUGGAAAAAAAGGAGGCAGAGUUGUUGGUGGAAGUUGCAAUAUUCGAUAUGAAAUUUACCCUUUCGUUAGGGAGUAAACUCCAACUUUGGAUAUAUUAAGUUAUCAUAAAAAAAAGUAUAUAUUAUACUUUUUUUUUAAAGAAGUAUAUAUUAUACAUGUUUUGUGAUCAUAUUAAAUAAAGUCUAUAUUAUACAUGUUUUGUGAUCAUAUUAAAUAAAGUCUAUAUUAAUACUUGUUUUGUGAUCAUGCAUAUUAAAAUUAUCCCAACAAAGGCAGCAAAUAUGCAGUCCCUCAUUCGAUCAAUCCUUGAUCGGACAGUCCUAAAUAAAUGCAUUUCUUUUUUCU